AAAAGUCGGUUAGCUCAUUUCUUCGGGGCCUCGCACCUUCCUCCCAUCUCUCGUCCCCCAUCUCCGGUAACAAUUACUCCCCAGGGCUAAUUCCCGCCACGCAUGGCGGACCAACUCCUCUCCACCGGACCCCCCCGUCGGACCCUCCCUGAGAGGUACAUCCGGCCGGAGUCUCAGAGGCCCCGGCUGACCGCAGUCGAGAGCGACGCGAACAUUCCUGUCAUCGACCUGUCCGCCGAUGAUUUAUCCCAAAUCAUCUCCCAAAUCCGCGACGCCUGCCAAUACUAUGGCUUCUUCCAGAUCGUGAACCAUGGGAUGCCUACUGGAUCGAUGGUCGAGAUGAAGGCAAUUGCCCGUGAAUUCUUCAGCCUCCCUCCGGAGGAGAAGGCGAAGCUCUAUCUUCGGCUUCACUGCUAUCCUCUGGAGGACUUCGUGCCAGGGUGGCCUUCCAAACCCCCUUCGUUCAGUUGGCUUAGGCUGGUCCAAUCUUUGUCACCUGAGGACAAAUCUUCGGCAUCGGGACUUCGAGAACGACUUCGCCGUGCACAGCGAUUCGGUGCACGCAAUUAUCGAUGUUAUCGCCUCACGAUGCUCGUAUCGAGAUGACUUCUGUAUCAUCCAUCACGCACCUGACCCACAGACACGUGCGGAGGAGCACGUUAAUUCACCGCCUUUGCAGCCAGGUCUGAUUGCAGCUGGGCUGGGCCCUGGAUCUGGCCCUCGGUGUCACAUCAUGAGCACAACUUGAACCAAACUUUUGAUACCAUGAACCAUUGAGUUUGUACUGGGAGGGGAAAAAGCUUCACGGAUUCUAGAC